GAACGGAAAACGGAUUAAAUCAGACUUUUAGACAAUUUAGAUUUUCUCUAAAUUGAAUUUUCAUUCAUUCUCUUCUAAAUAGUUGAUUAUAUACCCGCUUUAUGACUUACUAUAAAUGUUGUUUUAUUGUGGUGAAAUCAUAUGUUCUAAAAUUGUUGUAAACAGAACAAUAGUUUGUAAAGUACUUGCUAAAAUUUAUAACCACUUCACUUUAGUGCAGUAAUAAAAAUACCGUUGACAAAUUUAUUUUGCGCGGGAAGCUGUAUUGUAAUGAAAACUUUUAUUUGCAAUAUAUUGACCAGAGUAGUUAUUAAUUCACAGUAAUCCAAAAUGACCGACGCACUAAACCAUUUAGUAGUUGAUGGAAAUGAAGUUUUGGAGUUGAAAUUAGUGCGAACAGUAAAAGAUAUUGAGGACGAUGAAGCUAGUUUUGGCCCUGAAAUGUGUCACCAAGUAUUUGGGGAAAAUGAAAACAUUUUCGGUUACACAGAUUUGAACAUAAAGCUCUACUACAGUGCAGGAAGUCUUCAGACAUAUUUGGGGAUCGAUUAUGCAAACAAGAUUGAACCCAGUAAAUCAGAUGGUAUGAAAGCAGAUGAUGUAGAGGGGACAUUAAGAAAAGUCUUAGCACCAGGCUAUGUAACAAACUUGGAUCGUUUUAUAUCUUUGCUGGGGAAGGAUCGGAAUUUUGUCCCACAUGGUCAGCUUGAACAUGCAUUCACUCUUGAAUCUCGUGAUGGCGGACAGAAAAGGCUAUUUGAAGUAUAUUACUGUGAAACAUCAACUCCUGGCUUCCUGGCAUACCACCAGCGGCUACAAACUUUCCUCCUGUGGUAUGUGGAUGCUGCAUCAUUCAUUGAUGUGGAUGAUGACCAGUGGACUUUCUUUACAGUUUUUGAGAAGUACUGGAGCAGUGACGGCGAGGUGCGUUACGCCACCGCAGCGUACGCGACCGUAUACCGUUACUACGCAUACCCGCGACACACGCGCCCCCGUCUCUCACAGGUGUUAACACUGCCACCAUUCCGCAAGCUGGGCCUUUGCGCAGCCUUACUACAGUCAGUAUAUUCACACUUCAUGUCACAACCCGAGGUAGUGGAUAUUACAGUGGAGGACCCUUCACCGGAGUUCCAGAGAAUAAGAGACUAUGUUGAUGCAAAGAAUUGUGAAUCUCUGUCUGCAUUUCAACCGGCUAAAUUAAUGCAAGGUUUCUCUUCGGAAAUGGAGAAGCAAGCUUGCAAAAAGUUCAAGAUAAACAAGAAGCAGACACGCCGCGUGUACGAGAUACUCCGAUUGAAGAAUACCAACACAUCGGACAAAGCUGCUUACCUUAGUUACAGGCUAGAUGUUAAGAACAGACUUAAUGCACCGUUUCAGAAAAAGAAGUUGGAAAUGAAAAAGCUACAAAAAGUGUUGAAGUCCGAUGAGUUUGUCGCGACUAUAACAUCGACUGGUGCCAACGAAACACAGAGCCGUCUUUCCAGUCAGUACCUCGACUUGGAGGAGGAGUACAGACGAGUUAUACAUAGAAUGGACCUCGAUUAAAUGCAGUAAUAUAAUGAAAGAGUUCAAUUGGGGUUGUUCGUGUAUAUGUGAAGUUUUUUGGCAACUUUGAGCCUCCAUCCUUUGUGAUCCUCUCUUCCCUUAUAUUUAAAAUCACGUGUAUUUUUUUAGUACAAAGUUAUGUUGGUAUUUUCAAAAUGUUAAUGAUUCAAUUAAUUUAUGUCAUCAGUUAGAAACUAAACACAUGAUAUAUGAUUUUAGAUUAACCGAACUCCCAAACGCUCGAGGCUCAUGUGAUCAAUAGACGAUCACUUAGGGAUCACUAAGAGAUGUAACUUUUUCAUUGUAUUUUUUUUGUUAUUCCGUCUAUAUACAUCUGAAAUGUCUUGAAGAUUUUUUAAAAUGUAUUGAGAUUUAGUAUGUACUGUAAGAUUUAGAUUUAACUUACCAAAUUUGAAAUGUGAUUAAAAAACACAAAAAUCCCAAUUAUAUACAAUUUUCAGAUGUUCUUCUCUUAAUGCAGAAGGUAACUGUUUGUUUUGAUGAUCUUUUUUGCUUAACUUUAUUACUAAUAGUGUGAAAAUAAAUUAGUUAUAAGAUGAUUUUCGAAUUUACAUGGAUUAUUAAAAAAACAGAUCUCUUUUAA